AGGGAAUGACAUAGAUUUUAUAUUUUAUUGUUAUUUGACUUUGUAUUCAACUUUCAAAAUAAACAAAAAAAUGUUGUAAAUUUAAAUUAUGUUUAAAUUGUUUUAAGACAAUAUUUAAGCAAAUCGAUAUGUCAUUCUUUCAAAAAUAUUAUUCUCUAUGUUUGAAAACAAAUGAUGCGCUGACAUCCUCUUAAAUUAUACAUUUAGCUUAUGUUUUUUUAGCAAUUCACUAGUUUUGACUUUUGAUGUAAACAUAUUUCCUAGUUUGAUUUUUAUAAUCUAAUUAAGUGCUGUUCUCACAAUGUCCGGUUAAAGUUAACCGACACUUUACCGGCCGAAUUCUGCCAGUAAUAAAUCUGUUAUCAGUCGGUUAGCGUUUACUAACAUUUUACCGGAAUAUGAAUAACUUAAAUUCUGACACUAGCUGUAAAUAUGAAAUACUUGCAGAAAUAUCAUUUCAUGCCAAUACUUCAAAAAAUCAGUAUGUCAAGCUAUUAUGCAGUCGCCUUUUGGCCCGAAGUUAUUUAAAUAAAUUAGAUACAAGAUGUAUUAAGCAGACGGAAUCUAAUAAAGAAGACGAGUGCGCAAUUGUUCAGGAGCAGUUUACAAAUUUAAGUACUGAUGAAUAUCAACAACAUGCUGAAUGGUAUGCAUAUUGGGAAAAAAACGGUGAAAACUUUGUAAAUGAAUCUUGGAUAAAAUUGUAUGGGAGUUGCACAUUGGAUGACCUUCCAACAGACCCUGAAGAGUUAUAUCAGAAUCAUAAGGAACAACAGUAUAAUCUGUUAUAUUGGAAGUUUAUAAAUGAGAUUGGUUCUACUGUUUCGGAAACUGAGAUGUCUACCUCUGAGAAUUCUGAGAAUGAUGGGUGGAGUCAUAGCAAAGAACUUGUUAAUGAUGAUCAUAUUACAAAUUUUGAAUUUCUUUACAAAUAUAAAAAUUUUCAACAAGCGAACAGUCAACUUUCCAAAGCUUAUCGGGCAAUAAGUAUAAUUGGAUAUAUUUAUAAUGAUCAAAAUAUCUUUGAUAUGGGAUUUGUUCAAUAUCUUAAAAAAAACAUUAUUAAAUCUACUCGUCAUCUAAAUGUGUACAGGUUUCCAAAGAUGUGUAAAGGAUCUGAUGAUAACUUGUUAUUAAGUAAUUCUGACGAUUGUGUAAAGAGUGAAGUCAAAAGUAAAAAAGCAUUAAAAAAAAAAGAAUGGAAAGAUAUAAAAGAAAAAAAUAAUAUUGAAGAAAUGGAUAAAUUGGGCUAUAGCUAUUUGCAAAAUGAACCUAAAUUGUUGAAAUAUUGGAAAAAAAGAUAUUUGUUGUUUUCUCGAUUUGAUAAAGGGAUACAAUUAGAUGAAGAGAGUUGGUAUUCUGUCACUCCUGAAAUAAUAAGCAUUCAUAUAGCUGAACGAUGUAGUUGCCAUUUGCUUAUUGAUCCAUUUUGUGGAGCUGGCAGUAAUGUUAUUCAAUUUGCUAAGACUUGUGAGCUCGUUAUAGCUAUUGAUAUUGAUCCAAAAAAAAUUGAAAUAGCCCGUCACAACGCAGAGUUAUAUGGUGUUGCAGAUAGAAUUCAAUUCAUCAUAGGCGAUUACUUUACUUUAGCACCAACUCUUAAAGGUGAUGUUGUGUUUUUGUCACCACCUUGGGGUGGACCUGAUCUUAUGGACCCUGAAGAGUACAAACUAAGUUACAUAAUGCCCGAGAAAGGCGGCAUAAAACAAAUGAUGAGUUUGACACGACAAAUAACAUCAAAUAUUGCGCUACAUUUACCAAAGAAUACUAAUAUUUUUGAUUGUAUUCAAUCUGCAGAAGAUGGUUUUAUUGAAGUACAACAGAAUAUGCUUAAUUCAAGGUAUAACUCUUUAACAGUUUACUAUAGUGAACUGUAUGGACUCUGUGAUGAAGAUACUGGCACGUAUUAUGAUGGUUAAAGUUUAGAAACAACUAAUUUAAUAUGAAUAUUUUAUAUUGUGAUAUUUGAUAUUCCACAAUUUGCUGUAUAUUUAGUGAGUGGUUCAGUUUUUAUAAGAAAUUAUAAUUAAAUUAUAAGUAAAUGUGUCGGAGUAUGAAAAAGAAACAUGUAAAACAAAUAUUAACCAAUAUGGUAUGUAUUUGUUACUAUUUUAUUAUAUAAGAUUAUUAUUAUUUUAAAUUAUUUUGUACAUAUUUAAUAUUAUAAUUUUUACCCGGUGAUUCAUUUGAUGUAGGACACUCAUUAUUUAAAAAAUUCUGGUUUAGAAUAUGAAAUUAAAACUAUAUAAAGUCAUUCAGAAAAGCAAAAAAGGAUAAAAAAAAUAUGUGCCUAUAUUUUUAAAUAAUUAGAAACCAUGUAAACAAUUUUUUUAAAAAUAUUUAUACUUUUUGAAAUAAGGAGUGUUCAAUGAUAAAAUAAUCACCUGGUAUCAUGUAUGUUUUAAUAAUUUUCAUGUCAUAAAUAUAAAAAGAGUACAAUAGUAAAAUCCCACAUUUCUGUAUUACACUCAUAUUGUAUAGUAUCGCCAUAUAAUAUUCAUUGUUUAAUAUUUCAUUGUAACUACUAACUAAAGAGUGACCACUAAUAUAAAAAUAUACUAUGGCUGUUGAUUAUACAAACCAUUUAAUAAAUUUAUAUCCAAUAUAAAUUAUUUUAUAUAUUUAUAGAAAUAUAAUCGGUUUUGACUUUUGACAGAAGAAGCAUUGUUCAAUGCAUUUAUUCUGUAUAGAUAUUAAAUUAUUAAAACAUUAUAAAAAUACCUUCUGACAAAUUAGAUUAUACUAUUGUUAUUUAUUCUCAAUAUUUUUCAUAAGAAAAGCUGGUUGUAGUCACAAUGAAUGAAAUUCAGGUAGUAGUCAGAAAUCAUAAUUGACUACUGAUUUCGGAAUUAUACCAUCUAAAAAAUAAUAGGUAACAUUUUAAUUUCUAAAAAGUACAUACCUAGGUAUUAGGUAAAGGUUUUAACAAAUUUGAAUCAUUAAUUAUUUUUAAUUUAUAUUUUAACACUUAUAACUAGGGUUUUAAAAUUUCAUGAAAUUUAUUUUGAUUUUUGAUGAAAAAUUUGUAACAUAUUUAUAUAUAAUUUAUAAGUUGUUUAACAAAUCUAUAAUAGUCAUUACAAACUAUAUGAUUUAAGUAUUAAAUAAUGAGCCCAGAGCACCUUCACAUCACUCAGCCACAUACACACACAUAUUAGGUAUACGACUUUUGUACACUUUAUAAUUACUGAAAAUACACUAUUAUUUUAUUCA